UUCUUUUUUUUUAAUAUUAGCCAACUAAAAUUUUAAUUAGGCCAACAAUCGAUUCGUAAAAAACACUUUAGUAAAAGUUGACCGGCUAACUUCACGGAGGUUAAAAUGCCGGGUGUCCAUGUCUCGCGUAACGCGGGAAAGUGAUGCUUAACGAAAGUAGUUUUCUUAUACAUUCGAGUAGCAAUAACAAAUGUUUUAACACCAGUGCAACUCAGAUUGUUCAAAAUGAGUAAUUUCUACUCUCCUAUGAGAUGUAUAUCUUCCAAUGCAAGAAUUCUAACGCCCAAACCGCAAGUACAACAGCUAUUGGAUUUGAGGCAGAUGCAAAGCAAAGCUCGCUACAGUAUCACGUGGUUCUUCAUCAACAGUAUAUUGCUCAGCAUUACAGUCUUUGAUUUAAUAUAUGGCGAAUCUGUUUAUAAGUCAAUUUACUGGAUUUACUGGAUUGAAUGCUUUCUGGCAUUGAUCUUUACAUUGAACGCCUUAUAUCACAUCGCACGAUACACAUGGACCACUCUGCAGUUACAGCCAAUUAUAUUAAGCUCUAAACAAAGACCACUUUUGGGAAUACCGGAGGACGAUCCUCUCUUUAAGGAAGAAAUAUCUCAGAAGUUGAAGACUUCGGAACUGAGUUCCUCUUUGAACUUGUCUUACAUAAAUCUCAAUAGACGUACUACGCCUCUUGGAACUCCAGUUUUAAGUGAAAUCAAGGAUUAUUCAGCACCAAGUUCGUUUCUUAGAUACAGCACUCCUACGUCUCCCAAAUCAACGAUAAGCUCUAAUGGAUCGCUCAGUAGAUCCAUGAAUAUCUCUACUAGCGACAGCCUUACAAACGAGAAUCUCAUUCAGGAUGAAUGUGACCUAGAGAGUUAUCUAAAAGAGGUUGAACAACAAAGAAAGUGUGUUCUUUCUACAACUAUCGAUCAGCCGUCCAAUCUCUUGAGUUCCUUCUGGUCUCAUCCUGCUACUCGAACUCCUGGUGAAGUAUCACCACUGUUGAGAAGAUGCGCUUAUCAGCUUGCUCCUACCAUAGAUAAAACGAAGGCAACCAGCCCUGGCGCAGAGGAAGGGAGUUCUCCGAGGGGUACAUUUGGCGCACCAGAUGUAUGGAGGAAGUACAGAGUCGAUUCAAACAAAGUCAAUGAAUGGACCGCCAAUCUGCGAAUGUGGAUCAGCAAGACGGUCGUGGAGCGUGUGGCUUCGGAGAUAGACAAUAUAUGCGUGGCACUAGUGCGUCACGGUCUGAGCGACUCGCAACCGGGCUACGUAGGCCUGGACAGACUCAGGAAGCUUGCUCAAGCACCGUUUUUGGUCUCUGCAAUUCCUACCCUACCGACAUUGGUUCCCUUCCUGGAGUUGUCUAACAAUCAGGAGUAUCUCGUAAAGAGAAUAAAGAUGCUCGCGAAGGGAGGAUCCAUGAGUGAGUUUAAGUGGAACAGUGGAGGUUCUCACGGUAGCAAAGAAUGGGACUCUAGCUUGCCAACCGAUUCCGCGAUAAUAAUGCAUUUGAUUUCGACUUACAUGGAUACGCAAUUGGAAGCACCAUUGGAUCAACCAGAUGCCAGGCCGUUUACUUCAAGGUACAUGGCGAGGUCUGGUAUGGAACUGCCGCGUAACAAGGGCCCGAUAAUAGUCUGUCAGUCCGUAAAUCCGCCGCACUACAGCCUGGCAUUGUCCGGUGAUUCGCUACCGAACGAUUACGAGGAAGUACAACGGGGACGUAAUAAUUUAUUCCAUACACUCUUACUUUUCUUGUACAUUCUCAAGACACGAAACCACGGUAUGUUGGGACGAGUAAAUGCAGGAUCAUCCGGAAUCAACAUUCUAUGGGUGAUAGAUGGCUGAGAUAAGACGAUUUUUCUGUUUGUUCUUUAGUAAAGUCAAAAGAAUAAGAGAAAAAAAAGCGGCUGAUAAUUACAAAAUUACCAUAUUCACGUGGAUUCCUUCGUGUAAUGUUUUGACUGAGCCUAUCAACUUUACAUCGUUUGUAUGUAUUGCGCCAAUUUAUUCGACUAAAUAAAACAAGAAAUGUACUAUUAAGAAAAAGUGGCGAUUGCAACGAACGUUUUGAGUGCUAUCCAUUUUUUAUUUAUUUAUUCGUAACUAUGUACAGGGACAUCGAGAAAAUUGCAAUACCUGAUUGUUACAAGUAAUUUUCCAUUUACAAGGAACAUAUCGUCGCAUACAAUUCGUGUAUAUGUGUACACUUCUUGUCAAGAUUUUGUAAAACAAUAAUUGAACGUCGCAAAUAGUAUUUCCGUGGAAGAUAUAUAAUCUUUUUAUAUCUUGAAAUAAAAACUGUAUGUCUAUGGUAAAUUAUAACAAGUAGCUCCGUACAUAUAUACGUACGCUGUAAGUAAAAACAUCCUCAUCGAUAAGAUAGCUCUAUAUUGUAAGAUUACUUGAUUAUUGCCAUUAACAUAUUGUACAAGUCGCAAAUGCUCACUUCAAUCUUCAUCAUUCUUCACCUGAUCCACAAAAAAAAA